UCCGUUUACAUUGACUGAAGGGGACAUUUUUGUUUCUCACGGUUGCAGGUUGAAGUCUCUGCCGGUUCAGACAUGGAAGAUCCCCGCUGCGCAUCGCGGACUUCACGGGGAAACAAAAAGGGGAUUUUAUCAAAUUAAACCCGGAUUUUCGCGACUUUUUUUUUUAAGUCGGCGUCAAACGCGAACAUGCUGGGAUGUCUCGCGGCGCUCUGCGUCGCGGUCCUGCUGCUCGCCGCGACCUGGUGCGCAUUGUGUAAACUUUCUUCCGGCGGGAGGCGGACGGACGCCGCGGGAACCCGCAGCAGCGCGGAGCUCGUCUGUAAGCCCUCCGCGCUGGCCAAACACCUCCUGAAGACCUGCACCUCCUUCGCGGACUACACGCCGUGCGCGGCAUGGACGUGGCGGGCCGGCGCCGUCCUCCGGAGCGCGUACGAGGCGUUCUGCUCCGGCGGCGGCGGCGGCACGGUGCACUUCGCCAGGGACCACCUGCAGCUGAGCGACGGCGGACUGGUGGCUUUGGACUGGGCUUUCCCCAAGUACCAGAAGAGACGCAGGACCUCCGGCCAGUCCGCCAGCCCGGUGCUGCUCAUCAUCCCCAAUUCUUUCGGCAAGAUCACCAGGAAUGUGAUGCAGUUGUGUCACACCUCCCUCUCCCACGGAUACCUCCCUGUGGUGCUCAACCGGCGGGGCCACAACGGCACGGCCCUCACCACCCUCAAACUGCAGCAGUUCGGAGACCCGGCCGACCUGCGGGAGGCGGUGCGCUACAUCCGCUACCGACAGCCGGCCGGCAAACUGUACGCCGUGAGCGAGAGCACGGGCUCCGGCCUCCUCCUCUCCUACCUGGGCGAGUGCGGCUCCUCCAGCUACGUCACGGCCGCCGCCUGCCUGUCGCCCGUCUUUCGCUGCCAGAGCUGGUUUGAGAGCGGCCUGAGUUGGCCCCUGGAGCGGGCCCUGGUGAUCUAUCAGAAGAUGGGCCUGAGCAGAUACAAGACGGCGCUGAGUGCCGGCAUCGACACCGACCGCCUCUUCGCCACCACGACCCUACGCGGCCUGGAGGAAGCUCUCUUCUGUCGACCUCCGCCCGCGGAGCCGACCGGGACCAGCGGCGCCACUUGGGAGUCGUACUGGGAGUGCAACGAACCCUUGAGGGACGUGGACGAGGUGGCCACUCCGGUGCUGAGUAUCUGCGCCCGGGACGACCCAAUACGGGGCGACGCCUCCUCAACGGUGCCCCGGGAGCUCUUUGAGAGCAACCCGCAUUUGUUCCUCCUGCUGACGGACCGGGGCGGUCACUGCGGCUUCGCCGAGGAAACCUCCGCCGCGCCGAAGUGCGAGACGGGCAACUGGAGCCACCGAGCUCUUUUGGAGUUCUUCAGGGCGACGGCGAACUUCAUGGCGGCCGAGGAGAGAGCCAAGCAACUGGCUGCCAGGAGGAGGGUUCUAGGGGCCGGGACGGGAGGGAGAGUGUUCCGGCACCGGAGUGUCAGCACAUGCAAACAAGUGCCGGCGUGUUCCCACAACAUCCACGCCAUUUACAACUGGCAGAGGUCUUACACACGCUGAAGAAAACCAAAAUAAAGACUUUAUGGCACCUGGUUUAUGGAGGCUUUUUUUUUUUUGACACUGGUUUCAUGUUUUUUUUUACGUUUUGAAUUUUGUGAACUUUUUUUGUUUUUGUUUACAUCAAAUUAAAUAAAUAAAAAUAUGUUGGCAAAAUGUUACAAAUAUGCGCCACACUGUGAACCCACACCAAACAAGAAUGACUAACACAUUUCGGGAGAACAUCCGCACCGUAACACAACAACAAAUGGUUGGGGAUGCUACAAUAUACACCCUUCGCUAACCCCACCCCCACCAUAAUUCUCUUUGUGUUCAUAUUUUGGAUGUCGGGAGCCGAUUUGGAUUUAAGUUCUUUCUUAUGGAAACAUUUGUUUCAGUUUCUGUUCGAUUCAGUCGUGCGUCGGACCUUGGUGGGCCGGGGGUACUGUGCAACUCUACAUGCAAACCAAAAAAGUUGCAGAAAAUGACCUUUGCCCAAAGGAGUUGGGAAAGAUUUUCUUCCUUUGUCAUAGGCAACUUUUACCGCCACUUUCUGAAAAGGCUUCCGCAAUUUCUACAUUUUACGAUUGAAAAAAAAAAAAAAGCCAGCAAAA